CAAAGUGGGAGAGAAGCAGAGUGUCAUUGGUGGAAUGAAUGAGCCAAUCACAGCCCUUCAUGAACGAUAGAGCAAUUUUCGAAUUUUAUUUCAGCACGAACAUUUGAAAAGAUAGGGAUUUUUCUUUUUUAAACAUCUCUAGAAAAAGCACUGCUUUAUUGUAUAGCAAAUUCAAACCAGUCAUCCAUACGUGUUUUAUUCAGAAGCAAUAAGCACCGAACGUCGAAACAGAAAGCUAUGUCAAAUCGGAAAAGUGAAUCCCUGGCUUCCUCGCUGGUGACAGGUGUAAACCAUGCCAUGGCCCGGCUGGUGGACAUCUGGGACGGCAUUGGCAUUAUGGAGGCACAGAGAGUAGAGCGGAUGGAGACCGUUAAAAAACACAUUGAGGGCCUAUUAAAUGACAUGAUCACAGAGGAGGAAGCCUUGAAGCAGCGCAUCAGGACCAAUAUAAUCACCUUUGAAAAACAGCUGGAUACCCUGUGUCAGGAACUGUCACUGGAUCCAUACAAAUUGGGGGACGGUCUCACAGUCCUCCAAAUUGAGAAGAGCCUGCGUCUGCGCGUGGAGGUCCUGACCAAGGAGAAGGGGGAGCGUUUAAAGGAGCUCCACGGACUGCAGCAGCAGGAAAAGGAACUGUGUGUGGAGCUGUGUGUCACACCCUAUUACAUCCCCACGGGCAGCAUGCCCUCAUCCACACAGCUGCAGGAGCUCAGAGAGCACAUCCAGACCCUGAGUGAGGAGAAGAAGAGUCGUGCAAUGGUGUUCUCAGGUCUGCGUGAGGACAUCAGGAAGCUGAUGAAUGAGAUGGGUCAUGAACCAGAGACUAGCCUCGAGAAAGAGUCUGUCUGCCACGACGAGGAGAUAUUCCUGCUCACUCAUGAAAACAUUAAGGCCCUCAUGCAGCUGCUCUCCCAGAUGAAGGUGAAGAAAGAGUCCCUAAUGGACACUGCAGCGAAGCUGAAAGAACGAGCCAUGUGUUUGUGGAAUCGUCUGGACAUACUGGAGCAAAACCGCGAUGCGUUUCAGGAGAGCGUGCAGGGUACCCUCUCUGAUCAAAUCACCCAGUGGAAGCGCGAGGUGGAGCGUCUGACAGAGCUUCAGAAGGCUAAACUCAAGGAUGUAAUUGAGAAGGUCAGACAGGAGCUGGUGGCUGUCUGGGAUGAGUGCAACCUAGCCCCUGAGCAGAGAGAACGAUUCAGCGCCCACUUCUGUGAUGAUAACUUCACAGAGGAGUUGUUGGCGUUGCAUGAUGCUGAGCUAUUGAAGGUGAAAGAUUACUAUGCCCAGGUGAAGCCCUUACUGGAGGUGCUGCAGAAAUGGGAGAAGUACUGGGCCCUCUUUCAGGAGUUUGAGAAAAAGGCCAAUGAUCCAAACCGAUUCUCGAACCGAGGAGGAGCCCUUCUUAAAGAAGCCAAAGAGAAGGUCAAAGUUCAGAAGAUGCUCCCAAAGUUGGAGGAGGAGCUGAGGAUGGGGGUGGAGGCCUGGGAGACAGAGCACAGAUCUGCCUUCCUGGUCCAGGGCCAGAGGGUCAUGACCUACAUCUCCAGCCAAUGGGAAGACCACAAGCAGCAGAGGGGCAAGGAGAAAAGUGAACGUGCCGCCACCACAAAGAAGGGCGAUACAACAACUCCUUUUAAAACUCCCACGAAGAGGCCCCAUGGAGGGACUAGUGGCCCCACCCCCAACAAAAUCAAGAAGACUCCCAACCAGCCUGCCAUGGUGCGCUCGUACAGCAGCAGCUCAUCUAGCACCUUCAUCAGUGUCUCCAGUGUCAAGCCUCCCCUCGCCCAGAAAACCAGGACCCAGGAGAGCAGCAGUCAGAGGACACCCAUGCAGGAGUACAACAGCAUAGAGAGGAAGCCGCCGGUCGACAUCUCCUACUCGGAUUUCACUAGUGCGCUCUCCAAAAAGACUAGCGAUGACGUUUUGAAUUCAACAGCGAAGGACCUUUUGGGAUUUUCUCACGACGGGCCCCGUUUUUAAAGGAAUGCAUGCAGAGUUCCCCGGUCAGAGGUCGUGUCCUCUUGACAGUCCUGCGGUCUGUGUUUUUAGAAUGGUCUGUGAACAUCUCUGGUAAGGGAAAGCCUCAAAUGACAAGUCGUUGCAUUUUUAUUAUUUUUCUGCGCUUAGCGGACUCAUCAAAGCGACUUAAAGGUGCCAAUAGGGUUAAGUGCCUUGUCCGCUAGGCAACAUUUUAUUUUGUGGCCGCGCCCAGUGGAGCAGCUCUUUUGACAACUAGGCUAUCUGCCAUCGCAGUACUUUUUCUUUGCAAAUCAUUUUAGCGAAUCAGGGACUUAAAGUGAAGUUUUUGCUUUUGUUUAGUAAUGUUUCUUUAGAUACCUUGUAUAGAUCGGAAAUGGGGACAUUUGUCUUUAUUGAGAUGGCAGGAAGGGGCAGCGUCUGUACUUUUCAUUGUCCAUAUUUGAUGUUGUCGGGUUUGUUUCUUCCCCUGUCUGUUUUAUAUGUGUAUAUACAUGUGUUGAUUAAAAAUAUCUGAA